AUGGUCCCAAACGGAAGAUUUCAACCGUAUCCCAUCGAUCGUUUACUUUUCGAAAUUCGCCAAACUUUCAACAAGAAACUGCUUCAGUUCGACCGAUUUUUGCUUCUCUGGGCUCGAUUGCAUCGAGUCCCUCCACAGAAACAAAACGACAGACUCGUUCGACCUGCAUGCUCUUAAAGAAUUGUAAGUUCAAACGCUAAAAACACGGAAAAUGGGCAUUGGUCAUGAUUAUUUUGAAAACAUUUACUAGUAUUCUGUUUUUAAACACUUUUUUUGAAGUUUGCACAAAAACGAGACAGUUUCUGUCUUUUGUUCGUUUCGAUUCGAUUCGUUGCGCUCCGUGGCCGAGAAUUUGUGUUGAAUGGCCUAACAUUCGCUUUUUUCAAAUUGCCGCGGAUUUCAAAUAAAAAACGUUUUUGUGUUGCAAAACAAUAACACUUUGGCUUGAAAUUACUGUUGAAAAAAGAAGUUCGACAUUCGAAUCGGAAAAUAAUUUGACACUGCGGAAAUGUACCUUGACGUUGUUCCGAAUUUGCUGCGGAAAAAAUCGAGAAAAAUCGGCGAGGCCGUAAAAAUCUAUACAACGUCAAGGUACAUUUCUAUCAAAUUCUUUUUCAAUUUUCUCCCUGGAUAUCUCCUUUAAUCGUUAUUUUUGCAGAAUGUCAGCGCCAAAGAAAAGAAAGUCCGACGUUCAUGUAAGUUUUCAUUCAUUUCCGAAACUAUAGUUUUAUAUUGCAGCUCGAUGACUGCGCCCACGACAAUGUCGAGCAUUCGCUCUCAAAAAAGGAAAAACACUGGUUCGAAGGCACGGGCAACGAGCCGAAUGCUGAAAAUCGGCGUUCGUCGACCUUCUUCAAAGGAAUUUUCAAGAAAAUGAAAAGUUCCACCACCCUGAAGAGCAACAAUAAGGGAGCGUCGUCGUCGUCGAAAUUGGAAGCAUUCGCAAAUGAGACUCAGAUAUCGAUCACUAGUGAAUCCAGCGUUACAUCAGCGGAAUCGAGUUCCAUCGUUCCGAACAUCGAGAAGAAUGCGGGACUCCGUACAUUUGUCAAUAGAGAUUCGUUCACGCCAGUGCCACCGCCGGAUGAAGCCGAACCCAAAUUGGAAGACGCCAUUUCUGUAAGUCAUCUGGAACAUUCUUCAAGCGUUCGCUUUCUUUUCAGGUUUCAUCGCACAUGUCAGUGGAGACGAUCGGAUCGAAUCACACAAUCGACGAGGACUCUAUGUCGAUCGGAUCGACGUCCGCCUUCUGUACUCCCAGCCGCAAUCCGAUGCACAGGAAUGGUCUCCGAACGUCCACUCGCAGUGUUCCGGACAGACAAGGCGACGACCUCCAGCCGGCACUCUUCCGUUCUCUCUGCAACAGUGCCGUCCGUCGUGUUCCCAAUUCGAAAUCUGACAGCCUUUCUACUCCAAUGCGCCGUUCGAUGCGGAUGUCGCUACAGAAGAGAAGUCUGAAUGUGAAGAGUAUGGAAGAUGUCCCAGAAGAGGAGGCCUUGACAGUGUCGAGUUCAUCCGUGGUGAGAAAACAUUCAGUUAAAAAGAAACCUGUAUUUGUUUUCCAGCUGAAAUUGGAGGAGCCUAUUGAAGAGGAAGGGGAGCAAUUCGGUGCCGCCAAAGAAUUUUUCGCAGCGAACGCAACGUCUCCGCACAAUGAAUCUGCUGACGAAGGGCAGGACUCGUUCUCUCGUUUAUCCACGUGUUCCGAAGCCGGAAAAUCAAGUGGAUCGGCCAGCAUUGUGAGCAAAAUUGCGUUCUUGUUAUAAUUUUGUCUAUAAUGACUUUUCAGGGCCGAAAGAGCUCAAUCUUCCGCAGAGUAUUCUCGCACAAGCAUGAUUCCAAAGAAAGACGAAUGAGCGAAGUUUUCUCAUCGGACAUGCAACAAGAUCCGACGUUAGCUGGUGGCCCACGUGGGCGACGUGCUUCGAUCGUAUCGUUCACGAACGAUUGUUCGUUCACUGGAGGAAACGGCGGAGUGAAUGCGAGCGUCUCCGUCUCGAGUCUCGCUUCAAACGAAUCGUCGCAAAAAGUGCCGACCAUGCGCAAGAAGGCGCCGUCAACGUCAAAUCUCGCUCAAAGAUUCUCGUCCGUCUUCAGAAGAACAUCCACCUCGACGGUUAAAGAAGGUUUCCAGAGCUUAGCAUGGCUCUCCUCAAUCGUACAUUUCAGAUGACGUUCUCGGCGGACAACCUGCACAAUCGAAUCGUCGCAGCACUCUGACUGGUUAUUCGUCGAUUUCAUCUGGAAUCGGGAGCAUAGCCAGUGGUAUUUCGGACUCCGGAUACGGAACUCUUGGGUCUCGCUCUGGUGGAAGCAUCUCGAGAAGUGGGUCGAAGCGAGAAGAUGAGAGCAAGCGCGGUAUGUGCCCUGAACAUCAUCCUCUCAAAUAUCCGUUUCUUUUCAGAGCGUUCACGCCGUCUUCUAGACAGAGUCGUCAUCUCCAGUAUUCCCGCGGAAGAACUGAUCAAAUUGAAAAUAGAGCAAUUGAAGAACAAAGAUCAGGAAACCACGGAUGAACUUUCUGAGACUCAGCUUGUAAGGCAUUUUUAAAGUUGACAAAUUGUUUGUUUCUUUCCAGAAAGAGUCGAACUCGUCGGAGUCUUCGAAUAUUGAUCUUCUCGACUUCGACGUUAUCGCUGUUGAUCUGAAGCCCGACGGCUCUCCUUGUGAGCUCAUUUUUCAAAGAACACUUGGCUAAUUAUGAACUUGCAGUCUCAUCAACGGCCGCCGUAUUCAUGGACGAAAGAAUCGGAAAAAUUAUUCGGGACGAGAUUCGCUCGAAUUUCCGUCCUGAUAAAUGCGGAACAAUAACCGAUUGCGAGCCAGGCAAGUUCUAAGCAAAAUAUCCGACGUAUCGAAAUAUCCGCUUCAGAACUGGUUUUCGUAUGUCCGGAGCAACCUCAGUGCCUGCAGAAGGGAGCGAAUGAUUCGGUCAGCUCCACUUGUAAGCCGUCAUUGUUUUUCCAAAGUAUCUGUGAAUUUUCAGCCGAUGUGAACUCGGAACUUCUACGAAAUGUCCGUAGCGGACUGUACAAGGCCAUGGAAGAAUGGAAGAAAAUCGCCAAGGAUUCCUCCACAAUGGUUACUUUUCACCUAGUCUUUCCGGAAAAAUAACGUAUGUUUUUGCAGCUCAUCUACCCGAUGUUCUGUGAGUCAGAGGCCGAAUGGGACUCGAAGGCUACAAUUGACGCCAUCUUCCUUAUGCUUGACGGCAUAUUGCAGAAUGCUAAGCGAUGGAGAAAGGUGGGCGACUCAAUCAGUUGUUCCAGAACGAACGACUGUGUUUCAGAACGGAAAAUGCCUCCUGGCCGGACUGACAGCGAACAACGUCCGUCUGUUGCAAGAAAAAUACGAUGAAAUCAAGCAGUCCGUGGCAGUGACCGAGUUUGAAGGCCUUGGUUCUUCGCUGGAUGAGCCCGACAGGCAAUCCGUGGCGAGCACUUCCACAAUGUUCGGCACCACAAUCUGA